AUGCAGCUCCUAAACUUUGGCUUGCUUCUUCUCCCGUUUGUGGCGGGUGACCUCGCUCCACAGCCUGAGCCACUGCUCGCUGGACCCAGCGACGUUGUUCCAGGCCAAUAUAUCGUCACACUGAAGGAAGGCCUCACCUCUGCGCAGAUUAGGGACCACAAAAAAUGGGUCAGCUCCGUGCACCGGGCUAACCUUGACAGCUUUGCUGCUGGUGCCAGCGGAGUCGAGACCGAGGGUAUCAUGAAGCAUUUCCACAUCCACGAUCUUAACAUGUACUCCGGCGGUUUCGACGAGAAAACAGUGGAAGAUCUCAGCCGCAACCCAUACGCGCGCUGGGGUCUAGGUUACAUGUCCAGCAAGGGCAAGCCUGUCCCGCUGCACAGCACACUCGUAGACUACUCGUAUGACGACAAGGCCGGAGAAGGCGUGUGGGCAUACGUCCUCGAUACCGGCAUUAACGUCAACCACAUCGAGUUCGAGGGACGCGCCAUUCUGGGCCACAACGCCAUUCCGAACAAACCACACACCGAUGAGUUUGGCCACGGUACAUACGUGGCGGGUAUCAUUGCCGGAAAGACGUACGGCGUUGCUAAGAAGGCGAACGUCGUGUCCGCAAAGGCCUUUGACACUGGCUCUAGCACAUACAACUAUAUCCUUGAGACGUACGACUGGAUCGUCAGGAACAUCACUGACUCGAACCGCAAAAACAAGGCGGUUAUCAACCUCAGCAUUUCCGGUGCCAAGUACCAGCCCUUCGACGACGCUGUGGAAAAGGCCUUCAAGGCUGGCAUCACCACCGUGGUAGCCGCCGGCAACGAUGGU